UACCAACUAUUUCAACCGUAGUGCAGCACGGGUAUUUGCUAGUAUAUACAUAAAGAUGACCCACAUUGCUUACCAACAGAAGACACCUACUAGCCGCCUACAAACUCUCUUUCUUAUCUUGUUAAUAUUUUCUAGGAAGCUUAUUUAUUUAUAUCUCUACGGUAGACGUGCGAUAGAUAACGUAGUCACUAUAUUUGUAUUGAACACAUUUUACUUAUGGUUUCCUGUUUUUGUUUAUUGUUGGACUAAACAGUUACAGAGUGUCAGUAAAAUAAUAGUAAGAAGAAACACGAUUUGGGGGUCAACUCUAUUUAAGCUUUACUUUUAAAAGUUUAUUUUGUGCUCCGAAAAAAAAAGUCUGUAUGAAUCUGCCAAGAAUAUAUCUAGACUCAAAGUAUCAUACAAAUAAUUUCAUUCUUCUGUAGAGACAACACCAGCACCAUUCACUAAAUGGUUUAAAGUAAACUUGGAAGUACGAGACCAAGUACCCCAGUGAAACUAGUUGACUUGAGUUGAUACAGUUCCGUGUGUCUCUGCCUGGAGUGUUGUUUCUGCUGGUUAGACCACACCCGCAUAAGCCAUUGGAUACAUAAAGUGAUAGGCUUAACAUUAAUACCACUAGGACCUUUUGAUCUCUAGGAACUUUUAAACUUAGAAAUAGAUCAACAAUCAAGCUAAAGUGGACCUUUGAUUUACUGGAAAACUCAACGUAUAUUCAACUUCUUUUAUAUUCCCACUGUUUCCAUGGUUAUAUUAUGGUAUCCUCAGAAACAGAGUUAAUUACACAUCCAUUUCUCUGUAUAUUUAUAAGAGAGUUUGAAAUGUUUAGAUGAUAUGUACAAGGUAAUGCAACGGAAGGAUAAGCAUGACAGACGACAAGCUUGCUGAUAAACGUUCUAAGUAUUCUAGUCAGUUCGAGACUGAGGCAAUAGAAGGCGAUGAAGCAGAUUUACACAAAUGUCUUACAACCUGCAACAAGAACCCAGGCCAUACAGACUUCAUCCCCGUCAGGAAAUUUAGCCUCAAGGAUUUGCCCGAACCAUAUCGCUUUGAUGAUGUGUUUGAUUACAUCAAUGUUUUAAGUGAUUUGACAGUCAGAGUACACGUUCAACAUGGCUGUGCAGCUAGGUCAGACAAUCCAUUCAAAGGCAAAGCUCGAUUCCGAACCGGAACGGGAAAAGUCUCGAAUGUUUGUAAAUAUGUCGAUGGGCUAGAUAAAUACGAAAGGCAAAACGUUAACAACCGGAAGUGCCCGUGCCCCAAAUGUCAACCAUCCGACACCCCCAGCCAUGUAUGGUGGGAGAUAACUAUCGAAACAGCUGCACAUGUAGUUUCUGAGGAAACUGACACGGCCAAGGUUACCCUGAGAUUUUUUUUCGAUAGCGAAGACAGCCGAUUUGUUGUUUUAGACCACGUGAGCAUCAGUGAAUUCAGUAAAGAAAGGGACAGAUGCCAGAUAAAAUGUGUGACUUGUGAUGAAAGUAUCGGAAAACGGCUGGAAGAUUUAAAUGAAAAAAUUGACGACCUCUGGCGCACAACUUACUAUAAGUACUCCUCUCUUAAAGAUGUUGACAGAUUAGCCAUAAUUAUUUCUCACCCCCACGGGUGUGCCAAACAGAUCAGCAUUGGUCGUUGGACUAGCAGAACCAAAGUGGGCGAGUGUUACAGUCAGUUCACCUAUACGACUUGCACCUGUCCUGGAAGCAGCGGGGCUUAUGUACUUCUGAUAGGAUAUUCUGGCCUCCGCGGGAAGGAUCCGAUUCUCCACCAAGGAUCAGAGAACUCCGGGUUAAAUCGUAGUGCAAUCGGGUGGGUGUUACCUGCAAAGGUGUGAGAAUGUCACCUUCAAUUUAGAAAGAAAUGAUGAGGUGAUGCCUUCAAUUUGGAAGGAUACUAUUGAGUAAUGAAAACGUCGCCAUCAAUCAGGAAAGGAAAAAAAAGGAUGAAGUGAUGAAGACAUGAACUCGUUGGAUAGAAACAAUGAGAUGAUAAAACGUUCUACCUCUUUAUUUUAUUCAUGAUGUGAAUGAGGAGUGGAUGGAGAUUUUUAAACUGUAGACAUCAAGAUUGUUUAAAUACGACGUAGCUUAAAUGAUUACUCGUCGAGCGUUUACAUUUAAAAUGGAAAUAAUAACAAUACUUUUACCGGUACACUUUAGAUCUGUCAAUAACAGUCAUGUCGAAAUUAGGUCUACCUGAUCUUUACCAUGAGGUCCUACGUCAUAACAGUGAGUGUUUUUAAUGAGCCAUCUGGCCGUUAUUACUAAACGAGUUGUCUGUGUGAAACUUAAAAACAAAUUAUUAUUAUAUUUGCUCGGCAACUCUUCCAAUAAUAAUCAACGAAAAUUAAAAACUUGAUUCAUUCUACAGAAGACAUUGCCCUCAACAAUGGGAAGUAACCCCACUGUAAUUACAACAACAGGUCUGCUAUUCCAGAGGCAGGGCCGGUAGUGCUUUUGGGCGCCUAAUGGCGAGAGUUUGAAGGAAAAAAAUCGCUCCGCCUGCCUACAAUGGAAUUGAGAUGCUACAGAAGUAUCCUAGGUACCACAUUUAAAGACCGCAUCACAAACGAAGAGAUUAGAGACAGGGUUUCUACAGUGAUUGGACCCCACGUUGACCUGCUUACUAUUGUAAAAAAAAAAACGCAAACUAAAACUGUAUGGCCAUAAUUACAAGGCCUUUGGGGCUCCCAAAGACCUCCCUUCAGGAACAGUACCAGGAAGAAGAAGAAGAGGCAGACAGGGGGGGGGGAAGACAACAUAAAAGAAUGGAAAGGCCUGCCAUUGAAAGAGAUUCUAUCCAAGGCAAACGACGGAGAGGAAUGGAGAAAGACGGUCGACAACUCUUGUGUGUUGCUCUUUAAAUAAACCCAAUGAUAAGCAUCGAAACAGAUAAUGUGUUGGCAAUUACGUUAUUGAAGUCUGACUUUAAGGGGGCGUAGUCUUACUAGGCCAUAGACAUAAAUAAAUAUAGACUGGCCGAUAAAAGAGUUUUAUGAAACGAAAAUUUGUGACUUGCAAUUUUGUGUACUUUAUUAUACAACAGUUUUGUUUAAUCUCUAAGAUUGAAGAUCAUGCAACUUUUCCGAAUUCGUAAAUCCGACUACAAUAGAUAUACAUGUUUUCAAGUUACAUGAAGUUUUUUCCUUUUUCCAGUCUAUAUUUAUGUAUGUCUAUAUACUAGGCCUAUACUUCAGCAUGUAUGACUAACAAUUAUGCACAUUAAAAAUAUUGUAAUUCA